CUUCUCUCACAGAAGCCUAAUUUAAUUACAUGGUUUCAUUUUCUUUGAGGCAUAUGCCAAAUUGUCGAUUACAGUUCAUUCAAAGUCUGCAGGUGCAUAUGGGCCACUAGACAUUAUGUUAGAGACAUCUGACUCUGAGAAUUCUCCGAAUACAAGUCAACAAAAUGAACAGAAACUACCCUACCAGUCUCAAAUGCUCGAUUCGGCAAAAAGGCACCUGACUCUGCUCGACACCAACAUCCAUGAAGUCAAGCAGUUUAUCCAAGCUCUGCAACUGAAAUCCAGGCCCAUAUCUUCAUCAGGCUUGCCAACUUUCUUACGCACAUUGGAACGGGAAAACACUACAUUAUGCAACCUCGUCAUUGAACUAUCAGACUCGAGUACAAACAUUGAUGAUUUGCAACUCACAAAGCGAGAACAGAAGCUUGACGCGAGUGCCACUACAACGAUGCAGAGCAUCGCUCAGUGGAACCGACUCAAGAAAAGCUAUAGCUUCGUUGCUUUAAACCAGUCCUUUCAGGGCUCGUCGAAGGAUUUGCGAAAACAGGAGAUCCAAAAACGACAGGUUUCAGGGCAGGAGAAACACAAUUUGCACCGGCUUCUAAAAGAACAAGCUAGGAUUGAGGUCGAUGUUGUUCAAGAAGGACGAGAAUGGAUUGCUGCUAAAGCUAUCUCUCGCGAUAGACUCGCUCGCCAGAUGAACGAUAGCGGCUGGGGAUGGGGAGACCAUGAACUUGGUGAUGAAGUCGACCGGGAUGAGUGGGAGGAUACCCCUUUGGCCAAAUACGUACAGCGGCUAGUAAACGCUGCAAGAAUGAAUCGUCAUGAAUACAGAUUCCCUCGAAUACGUCUGGUUCUGACUGGUCUUAUUCGAGGUGAAAGGGAACUUGACAUACUCCUUGAUCAACUAGAACACAUUGAUCCGCUUGUCAAAGUCAUCGUCGAAGAUCAGGAUAGCGACUUCGUCACAGCAUCCCCUCCUCCGCUUGACGAAGCUAUUGACAAUCUUGUUGGCAAUGAGCUUGCGUCACUCACUCCUACCAUCAACCUCGAUCACACCAUCCUCAUCGAUCUUAUUUCCGACUUGACUCACCUCAAACUUGAAACCCAACCGUGGCAGUCACGGACGACACGCGCCCAGAUAGACGAAGAGAAUGCUCAUGAAGGGGGUCUCAUGUCUCGUGUGUUGUACCCGGUGCUAGCAGGCCGCAAGCUCGUAUGUACCCGUGAAGCAGCUGAUCAUUUCCACGAUGUGCUACGAACUGUCGGUACCGAGACUGAGCGCGAGCGAGGGAGAUUAUUGAUUCCCUGGGGUGACGAUGUGAAAUACACGUCUCCGGACCUCACGCGGCAGCGUUUUCAGCAACUCACUGUUUAUCCCUUACCACCUGAUGUUCAGAUACCUGUUUCUGUAAUCGACGAAGCAUGGGAUAUGCAAGCUAUCAAGUGUGGUACUUCCAAUGGGAGUCUUCCUCAGGUCGCUCAAGAUGUGGCUCUGAGUAGCGGCUUCAAGAGCUCCAAGCUGUCUAUCUUCAUGUACGGGUGGGCGGCUGGCCUCACCACUGUUACGAGCAACAAGGAGGUCAGAGGGCAAAUUCGAACUUGGGUGGAAGCACAUCGAAAAGACGAUGAAGAAACUGGGCCUCAGAUAUUUCGAUUAGAAGUGACGAGGAACCUAUUAGCUAAAGCUGCAAAGCCCAGAGAGGGAUGGCAAGAGAAGGAUGAGGCGGAUGGUGAUAAUGACGAAUCAUGAUGCAUGGACUACCCUAUACAGAAAUGUUGAAGGCAUAAUACAUUAACUGCAAAGGAAAACCCAAGAUAUCCUUGAACUAUGAUUCAAUAUCCAAAUCUUGAUUGAUAAGAUAAGUCCGAUGUCGAAUUCUU